GCAAACAUGUUUGAAUUUUUGAAAUAAAACUAUUUGAUAACAAAAUUAUCAAGUGUUAUGUGGAAGAGACAUAGCUAUUACGUGAUCUCAAAGAUUGGGAUAUGUAAGACACUUUUUAAUUACCUUAAAGAUGCUAUAAAAACAUUAAUUAUUCUUAAUUUACUAUUAUUUAUUAAUAUUAUUAAAGUCAAUGUUAAUAUUAACAAAUUAAUAUACGAUGAAACAACUUGAAAAUCUUAAUAGGAUUGAAUAAAAAUAAUUUUCCAAAUAAAGCAGUUGAGAUUACAAUUGUAACAUUUUAAUCAUAUAAAGUAAUCACGUGAUGGUGUGCUAAAUUUGUAUCUCCUACUAUUAAGAUACUAUCUCUCUCUUUCUUUGUCUCUUUCCCCUCUCACGUUACGAUAUCCCGGUUCUACUAUUCCUCUCGACUUCUCGAAGAUUUCCGUGUAUCGAGUUGUGUUCAAUAUUAACGCGUGCUCUUGAAAACAUUCUCUAUUUGUACAAACGAUGAUAGUGUUUUAAAAACUAAUCAUUAUAUCCAUGAUUUUGCGUACUAUUAAGAAAAAUUGAAAAUAAUUUAUUUCCUCUCUGUCUAUUAUCUAUUCGGGUGAAUUGCUCUUUCUCUUUGAUGAGUACACAAGUGCGAAAAUAUCAGACAACGCAAAAGAGUUCCAACAUCGAUGUAUCGAUACUAAAGACUGCCGGGGGCGAGGUUUUGAGACAAUAGUUUCUGAGUGAGGUUACAUGGACUCAUUGAAAUGUCGUGGCUGCUCAAACAACGGACUUACGAUUAGCUCAGGGAGGCAACAUCCGUGAGCAACGACAUCACAAUGCGCAUGUUGCUGCCACUGAGGUUGGUUUUAGUCGCAGCAAGUUUGCUGCUGGCAACUACCACAGCAAACAUUCACUUGCAUCUACAUUCUGAUAGUGCCAAACAUUUUGCUAUCAGCGAACGUCAACAAGCAAUUGCUGGAAUUGAAGCUAGCCUUUUGUCACUUCUUGGUUUUGCUAAAAGGCCAAAACCACAAGGCCAAGCUUAUGUUCCUGAAUCAUUGAAAAAACUUUUUGUAAAACAAAAUACAAUUGGUAUGGCUGAUAUUGCUAAACCAGGAAUUCAUGCCAGAUCUGCUAAUACAGUGCGUUCCUUUUCUCAUGUUGAAAGUGAGGUGGAUCAUAAAUUUCAAUCUCCAAAUCGCUUUCGUCUUUCCUUUGAUUUAAGUAGUAUACCUUCAGGGGAGAAGUUACAAGCUGCAGAAUUAAGUCUUUCUCGUGUACCUAUUUUAAAUGAAGAUGAUUCCAAUUCGAAAUUGGGUAGAAUACUUAUAUAUGAUAUUUUACGUCCUGGUGCAAGAGGACAUAGCGCUCCGCUAUUGCGUUUAAUUGAUAGUAAACCGCUAAACACUAGGAAAAAUGGCACAAUUAGUGUAGACGUACAUCCUGCUGUGGAAAGAUGGAUAAAAGAUCCUAAGAACAAUCAUGGACUUUUAGUACAUGUACGUGGAACUAAACAGGAGCAUGUGCGUUUAAGGAGAAACGCAAAUGAAAGAAACGACACAUGGGUUGUUAAUCGUCCAAUGUUAUUUACUUAUACAGAUGAUGGCAGAUAUAAGAUGUCUUCUGCAAGUCAAAUAAUGGACCGUCGUGCCAGAAGAGCAGCACUUCGAAAAAACCGCCGAAAAGAUGGACGUGAAAAUUGUAGGCGACAUCCACUUUAUGUUGAUUUUGCUGAUGUUGGUUGGAAUGAUUGGAUUGUUGCCCCCCCUGGUUACGAUGCCUUUUAUUGCCAUGGUGAUUGCCCGUUUCCAUUAGCAGAUCACUUAAAUUCUACCAAUCACGCAAUUGUCCAAAACUUGGUUUAUUCAACAAAACCAAGUAUGGUGCCUAAAGCUUGUUGUGUACCUACCGCUCUUAGCUCUAUAUCCAUGCUUUAUCUUGAUGAAGAAAAUAAAGUAGUAUUGAAAAAUUACCAGGACAUGUCUGUCCUUGGAUGUGGGUGUCGUUAACUAUUUGCUAUUUGGUUCAGUAAACUGUUUUUACAGUGAAGAAUGUAUGUGCAAUAAAAAUGAAAAUAGUUAAAGAGACAUUAAAAAAUGAGGGAACAAAGAACUGAGAUUUUAUUAAAUUGAAUAAAUAGUAAAUAAUGCCAUUUUUGGAGGGUAUGUUGAAUUGUUUAUUAAAUGUUUAGGCAAUUAUAACACAGUUGAACGAUUUUAAGUUCAUUGUAUGUGGAAAUUUCAAACGAUUGAUUAAUUGUCGGAAUUUCAAAUAUUAGGCUGGUUGCCUAACUUGUCCCAUGUUUAUAAAAUAAAAAGAAUCUGAAAAGUUUGUAUAAUGUAGUCAAAUUUCGGUCUAUUGAUUAUCAUAGAAAAAUUUAGACACAAGGAAUAAAAAAAAUUUAUUAUAAAUACUUCAAGUCCUCCAAAAUUUUCUGUGCAUAAGAAAUAUCAAUCAGUUCUUCUUGGACAUAAUGAUUAUUUUUAUUAAGUCUAUGUGGUUGUUUAGAAAGGAAGAAAGAUUUAAAAAAUUAGGCAUUUAAGAUUUUGAUCCUUGUUGUUUGUACUUGUACCUUACGUUAACACGUUGACUGCCAUGACACCCGUAUUCGGGUGUUAGCAAAGUUUCUGGUCAGGCCGUGUAAUCCAUAUUCGGGUGUCGUUUAUUUGAGUACUUGCGAAGGAUCGUCGUAGGUAUUUGAAAAGAUAUUCCAUAAUAAUAAAACUGUUGAAUUGUUAUAAAAUAAAAAUACGAAAAUGGUUUAUUGAAAAAAUUAUUUAGAAUGUAAAACUUUAAAGCAUUCUAUACAUAGCUGAGGUUGGUCGGGACAAUUUGGACAAUAAGUUGUUGUUUUCUUCAAAUUCUUUUGUGCCUUUGUUCGGUCCAUUCGACGUCUUUUAUUUGCAUAACGUAGUUUGCAUGCGCGUCUAAUGCUUCUUCCGGAAUCAUUUUUCCGAACGGCGAUAUUAUGUUGACUCCGUCGAAGACAAAGAUUUAAUAAUUUUGCAACUAAUAAUUGUCUAAAUACUCUAAUAUUUAUAUUUUUCCUUGUUGCAAUUUUGUAAACCGUCAAAGCGUUUACAACAGAAAUUCCCAGAAGGAAUUGAAUGCCAAGUUUUCUGUACCAUUUGAUUCCUUUUCUAAUUGUGGUGACAUAAGAAACCGGAAUAAUCUAUACCACACUUUCCUUCAUUAUAUUCAACAACAGCUAGUGGUUUUAAUGUUGCGAACAAAUGAAACGAAAGAUCAUUCUUAAGACCACCACUUGAGCGACUCGCAUUACUAAAAUAUCGAUGGGAGCACCUAGCAGAGAACGCUUGGUACUGCUGUACGCGUGGCCUGAUGGAGAUUUCUUUGAAAACACGCGUGGCAGUCAAUGUGUUAAAGUAUCUUACAGUUGAGAAAGGAGAAAAUAUUUUCAAAGGAGGAUUUAAAUCGAGGUAAAUGCGCGCGCCAAAAUUUUAAGCACCCCCCUCCCCUUUUGUUAAGAAAGAUUCUAAAACAAUAAUUUGUUGCUAUUGACUAUUGAUUAAUUUUUUAAUCGAUUGUUAAUUGUUCAAAAUGAGAAAUUUUUCUUUGAACAAGCAUACAAUCAAUUUUUUUGACGGCAAGGAUAUGUAUUGAUAAAAUACUUAACUGAGAAUCUUACAUCCAUAUUUAUUUAUCAAUGUAAAAGAAAGCUUUUUUAAUAAUUUCUUACGCAUUUCAUUUUUAUGUUUUAUUUUAUUAGUAAUUAUUUCUCUGUGGUAUCUUAAAAUUCUGUUACAUUAAUGUUAGAUUUGUAGUAGAUUUAAUACAAUUUUUCAAAUAUUUGAACAAAGAUAUCUCAGGCGUUUAUCAAACAUUCCAUUUUCCAAUUCCAUUUUUAAUUAAAUAAUAUAAUAUGCUAAAAUAUGAGCAGUAUUAAACAAUACUGAAUUAUUACCAGAAUACAUAUAUUUUGAAAUAUCAUUUAAUCUCUUUACAAUAAGAUAUUAUCUUUUCAUCGAAUAUGCAUAUAAGAUUUUUGUUUUAUUUGAAUUAAUAGUUAAUUAAAACAAGUUCUAAAUGUUGUACAUAAAAUGUUUUUAAAGUAUUUAUACAAUCUGUAUCAAGUUUUAUUAGUUCACUAAUACAAACAGAAAGCAAUUAUUAUAUUUCCUUUCUUCUAAUAAAUACUGAAUGUAUUAAGGACUUGUAACAACUUGUUUAAGAACUUGUAAAAAUUCUUAAAAACACGUAUUUUGUACCAUAAUUAGAUAUUGUACAGCUUGAAAAGUAUAAUAAUAAUAAUUUACAAACAUUAACCUGGAAUUUGGCUCUUUAUAGUUUAUAAAUUUGAUUAAUUUGAUUAAUUUCAUUAAUGUUGAAGGUACAAAAUAUCUUGAAAUAAAUUCUUCCUGCCGUCAAGAAUAAACCGUACCUGCCUGAGGAACAAUUAUUUAUGUUAGCAGAGAAAUCUGAGCAUAUGUAUAUUUGUAUAAAAACAAAAAGAGACGAAUAUGAUUUUAAGAAUCUUUUAUAGCUGUGGCGCGCGUCAGCCUGUAAAAUCUGUAAAAUAGAUAGAAAUAAAAAACGACUAAUGUAAAUAGUGCGUCUGUAUAGUGAAUUAGUAUAUAUAGUAUUCUAUUUGACGUUUUUAUUAAUAUUUUUACAUCUUUCGAUUGUACACAAUAUUGUAUACAUCGUACACAAAUAUUGCGUGUGUAAAUAGUGAAUAAAUUUUAAUAAAAAUAUAUGUUAAAUUACA